AUAUAAUCGUACGACAUGUCGAACCGUACCAGGUUCCUUCUUGUUCAAUUCAGUCUCUGCAGUCUGUGGUGCACAAAUCAAAGAUCAAACCUUUUUCCAUUUCCGGAGAAUCUGUACGGCGGAGAGAGAAUGGAGCAUUCGUACUCCGGUGGCGGCGGAGGAGGAGGAAGCUGGAAUAUGAUUCCAAGCGUGCCGACUCACAGUAACCCCUCUACGCCGUCGAGCCAGGACCAUAUGUACAUCCAUCAUCAGCAGCAGCAGCAACAACAGCAGUUUCAACAUCAGCAGCAGCGUCUUCUUCUUCAACAACAACAGCAGCAGCAGCAACAGCAGCAGCAGCAACAACAGCAGCAGCAGCAGCAUCACCAGUCGCUCGCCUCACAUUUCCAUCUCUUCCAUUUGGUGGAGAAAUUAGCUGACACGAUCGAGAAUGGAACCAGGGAUCAGCAGUCUGAUGCAUUGGUUAGCGAUCUGAAGAACCAUUUUGAGAAGUGCCAGCAGCUGCUCAACUCCAUAUCUGGAUCGAUCGGCACCAAGGCUAUGACAGUUGAGGGACAGAAGCGAAACUUGGAAGAAAGUGAGCAAUCGUUGCAUCAGAGGAGGGACUUGAUGACCAAGUACAGAAAAUCUGUUGAAGACCUCCUCAAGUCUGAGCCGUAGCUGUUUGUGAAUUGCAAAGCCAUCUUUCUUCCUUUUAAAAGUAGAACUCGUAAUUUUUUUUUCCCUUGGCAUUUAGCGCCUUGCUGUUUCAGAAUUUCGAUCAAGUAACUAUAUAUAUGUUCUUUGCUGUUUCUGACUUCACCCGUCUCAGAAAUCAGAAUAAGGAAUUGUGUGUUUAUUGUUUACGAUCUCCAAAGCGUUAUGCAACAAGCUACUUACCACCAUUUUGAAACAUGAAUUCAGGUCACAACUGCCGAAAUUCUAAAGGAAGCACGGGCGGCGAGCUUUGGAUAGUUUUUGUUUUCUGGUGUACCGUAUGUUCAUUAGUUAUUGAGCAGAUUUUUAAAGUUAUUGUUGUACAUUGAGGCUGAUUUCUGUAUCUGAUUUUAGCUACUGCGUGUUGUCAUUUCCCCUGCUCUUUGUGUCUAUAGACAAUUUCAUGGAAUGAGAUGGAGAUUUACCGACA